AUGGGUCACGAGGAGGAAUUAGGUCCCGAGGAUAUCGACCCAAGGAAGUCGCCAUUUCGAGGCGCUUUUGAACGCACCUGGAACGAUUUUUGUGCCACGAGCAGCAUACAUGGACUGAAAUAUACUCGGGACAAGGAUACCAAUCGCAUUGUGCACUUUGUGUGGAUACUCAUCUCGUUGGUGAUGUUCAUCUGCGCCAUUGUCAUGGCCCAGACUUUCUACGCGGACUAUCGUCGCAGUCCGACACGAAUGAAUGUGGAAAGUGAUCACACGCCGGUCAGCAAACUCUUCUUUCCACCCAUCACCAUCUGUCCCGAGGUGCUGUUCAACAUGGAGAAGUCAAAGAUAUUCAUUGAAACACUCAACAUGUCGCACAACAUUCAAGUGUCUGAUGUGUUGCAACACUUGCACAUUUUCUAUGGCUUCAUGCUGGACGAUGAGCGUUUCUCUCAGGAGGAGAUUGAGCUGAUGGAGUCCGUGCUGCUGCUGAACAAUCUGACAAUGCAUCAGCUGGUGGAUGGGCUGCGUUGGGACUGCAAUGAAUUACUUUAUCGCUGUCGAUUUAGGGGCGAGAUUAUGGACUGCAAUCGACUCUUUCAAUUAUCGAAGACCUUCUUUGGUCACUGUUGUUCCUUCAAUCUGCGACAGCACGGCAUCAAUUUUACUGCACAACAAGCAGCUGGCGGCUUGGAAAAUGGCCUGUCUCUGAUUUUACGCUACAAGGAUGAAAACUAUGAUGCAUUGAAAUCCUAUUCCCAUGGCUUUAAGCUGCUCAUUCAGAAUACGGAUGCAUUUCCCAGUGCCCAUGCCAUUUGCAAGUUUCUAGGUCUCGGCACGGAAUCAUUUGCCACGCUCCGCGUCGAGGAGACUUUCUGCUCGGAUGCGGUCAAAGCGUUGUCCAUUGCACAGAGGAACUGCGUCUUUCGCACUGAGUUCCAACUGCGCUAUUUCGCCGAUUACGUGUAUCCCAACUGUGAGCUCAAUUGCCGUGUCAGCAACAUGGUCAAGUUUUGUGGCUGUCACACAUACUUCUUUGACUUUAAUCGCACCAAGGAUCGCAUUUGCUCCUUUCGGGAUAUUCCCUGCCUGGUGGAUAACUUCCCUGAUAUUAUUACACGUAAUCGGAAAACUCAAUGCAACUGUCCUCUUUCCUGUGAACAAUUUGAUUACCAUGUCCAGAUAUCAAACUCUCAACUGCAGCUCAACAUGCCAGUGGUGGAUUCUUUCUACGAUGGAAUAGAGAAGAAUGAUGCCAUCGUUCACAUCUUUGUCAACUCGCAGGUUUAUAGGCGAGUGCGGGUGGAUUUGCUUUCCAAUAUGGUUACCUUGGUUUCAAAUCUGGGCAGCGCUUUCAGUCUUUUUGUGGGCAUGAGCAUGUUGUCUGUAGUGGAGAUUAUAUAUUACUUUUCGGUGAUACUGCGCAAAAAUUAUGUUCAGGAAUGUCGGGCCCGGCAAAAGCUUCAACUGGUGCAAAGAAGACCAAACUUUGCAUGGCCACCAUCGACGCGUAAAAUAAACAAUAAUGCCAAUCAACAAAAAUCUGUUUUCUAUAUAUCAAGUCGUAACUAAUCAGCCGGCUAUUGAUAAGAAGUUUGAAAUGUUCUCAUAAAUUACAGCAUAUAAAUAAAUAACAAAUCACAGCAAAAA